GCGGUGGUUUGCGAAUGCCAGAGCUCUCGCUGGAUGCUGCAGCCUCUUCUUUCCCAAAAUUGACACAACCCUCACUCAACAGAGAUCAUCUUCCCUCUUUUUCCCUUUCCUGCUCCCCAGCUGCUGUAGGGAAGCCCCCAAGGCCGCCGUGCUCCUCUGCAGAGCAGCAAACUGGGCUCUGUCAACACGCUCUGGGUGGGAUUUCAGAAGAUUCAAGCUAGAGAUAAAAGCCCUGUACGGAGACAAGCCCUGAAGUUCUUCAGCACCAGGGGCUCUGCAGGGACUCGGUCAACGAAGGGCCCUCUCUGCCAAGGGGAUCAGAGCAUCAGGAACCAGCCAGAGCCAGGCCGAGCCCCGGCAGCGCGCGAGGCACCGCGGAGAUGCCGGACGCGGCCGCCCACCUGCCCUUCUACUACGGCAGCAUCGCGCGCGCCGAGGCCGAGGAGCACCUGAAGCUGGCGGGGAUGGCGGACGGGCUGUUCCUGCUGCGGCAGUGCCUGCGCAGCCUGGGCGGCUACGUGCUGUCCAUGGUGUGCGACCUGCAGUUCUACCACUACCCCAUCGAGCGCCAGCUCAACGGCACCUACGCCAUCCUGGGGGGAAAGGCGCACUGCGGCCCCGAGGAGCUCUGCGAGUUCUACUCCAAGGACGCCGACGGGCUCUGCUGCCCCCUGCGCAAGCCCUGCAACCGCCCCAGCGGCGUGGAGCCCCAGCCCGGCGUCUUCGACAGCAUGAGGGACAACAUGGUGCGGGAAUACGUGCGGCAGACGUGGAGACUGGAGGGGGAUGCCCUGGAACAGGCCAUCAUCAGCCAGGCUCCCCAGGUGGAGAAGCUGGUGGCCACCACAGCCCACGAGAGGAUGGCCUGGUACCACGGCCACAUCAGCCGGGAGGAGGCGGAGCGGAGGCUCUACUCAGGGGCACAGCCGGACGGGAAAUUCCUGCUGAGGGAGAAGAAGGAGAACCGUUCCUACGCCCUGUCCCUCGUCUAUGGCAAGACCGUGUAUCACUACCGGGUGGAUCACGACAAAUCUGGGAAAUAUUCCAUUCCUGAGGGCACCAAGUUCGACACGCUCUGGCAGUUGGUGGAGUACUUGAAGCUCAAACCAGAUGGGCUGAUUUUCUACCUGAGGGAAGCCUGCCCCAACCCCAACAUGCCAGCCUCUGCAGCACCAGUUCCACCCACCCACCCCUCCGUGAGUAGAACCCUGGGCACUCUCAAUGCAGAUGGGUACACCCCAGACCCUGUAGGGGCAGGAAAAUCCCACGUGCUGCCCAUGGACACCAGCGUCUACGAGAGCCCCUACAGCGACCCCGAGGAACUGAAGGACAAGAAGCUGUUCCUGAAGAGGGACCACCUGAUGAUUGAUGAGGUGGAGCUGGGGGCAGGAAACUUCGGCUGCGUCAAGAAGGGAGUUUACAAAAUGAGGAAGAAGCAGAUCGAUGUGGCCAUCAAGGUGCUGAAGAGCAACAAUGAGAAGACAGUGAAGGAUGAGAUGAUGAAGGAGGCGCAGAUCAUGCACCAGCUGGACAACCCCUACAUCGUGCGCAUGAUCGGGGUGUGCGAGGCUGAGUCGCUGAUGCUCGUGAUGGAGAUGGCUUCUGGAGGGCCCCUCAACAGGUUCUUGGCUUCCAAGAAGGACGAGAUUACAAUGAGCAACAUCGUGGAGCUGAUGCACCAGGUGUCCAUGGGCAUGAAGUACCUGGAGGAAAAGAACUUUGUGCACAGGGACCUGGCAGCCAGGAAUGUCCUGCUGGUCAACCAGCACUACGCCAAGAUCAGUGACUUUGGGCUCUCCAAGGCUCUGGGAGCUGAUGACAGCUACUACAAGGCCAGGACAGCGGGGAAGUGGCCCUUGAAGUGGUACGCCCCGGAGUGCAUCCUCUUCCACAAGUUCUCCAGCAAGAGCGACGUCUGGAGCUACGGUGUGACCAUGUGGGAGGCCUUCAGCUUCGGGCAGAAACCCUACAAGAAAAUGAAGGGCCCCGAGGUGAUCAGCUUCAUAGAGCAGGGCAAGCGCAUGGACUGUCCCCAGGAGUGCCCGGCUGAGAUGUACGCCCUGAUGCAGCAGUGCUGGACGUACAGAUGGGAAGAACGUCCGGGAUUUGUGGAUGUGGAAAACAUCAUCCGCUCCUACUACUACAGCAUUGCUGCCAAGCCCGAGAACGGGCCAGGCACAGGGGACAAGGCCAAAGCAGCCCUUCCUUGAGAUCCCCUCUCUGCUCCUCCACCUGCCCUGUACGGACCUGGAAAGGCUCUUUGUGAAAUUUUGCUUUAUUCUCUCAAACGCUCCUCAGGAACUGAGGGUGAGGGGGACGUGGGUGUCCCCACAGACAGGGACACCCGGCUGUGCCUCCCAGCUCCUCUGGCAGUGCAGACAGUGCCACAGCCCCUUCCCACCCAAUUCCAAAGCUGUCCCACGAUCCCAGAGCUUUGUGCCUCCCAGGCUCACUGAGGAUGAACUGUGCUGGCUCCAGAAAACCUGGAUUUUUUUCCAGAUCCUUCGACAAACGACGCUUUCCCAAGAAAACACCAAGUGCACGUUGCUGGUGGGGCUUGCAUGGGGUGGGACACAGCACAGGGAGCCACCGAGACCUUUCCCCCUUGGAUUAGGGCAAAAAGCAGCUGGUUUGCAACUGGGAUGGGGAGGAGCACUGGGACAGAGCUGGUCCCACUGGUUUGUCCCCCUGCACCCCUGGCCAGCACAGAGCAGGUGUCAUCCAGCCCUCCAAGGUGGCUCCCAAAAAAUUCCAGGACCAAUUCCUCACCUCCUGGAUCCCACCUGGCCCCUCUGUGCUGAUGAAAUAUUGUUUUUCAAGCUUAAAAACUGGUCAGCCUAUAAAUAAACUAUUCUAUGUUGUGAACAUCCCAUGGCUCAGAUCGUUGAACUUUGAGAAAUGCUGGCAGCUGCUUCAGGCUCGUUGACAAAACCCCAAACCCAUCAGGAUAAGA